CUUCGACAUCUCACAUCGAGAUGGGACAUGUGUCGGCGGCGGCGGACGCCCCGUGCAGGCCGUAUUGCCCGUCAAAGGCGACGCUGUACGUGUCGAUGCUCCCGUAUGCGUACACGAACAAUGACGUAGCGCAACUGUUCACGGGGUACGGCAAGAUUGCCAGGGUGACGUUGCUCCGGCACAAGGACACUCGCGCAAGUCGCGGCGUUGCAUUUGUGCAGUUCUCCCAGGUGCAAGAUUGCGAGGCGGCAUGCAAAGCGAUGCAUGGCGCGUUAGUAGAAUCGAUGACGUUGAAUUGCUCCAUCUCAAAGGACAACGGCCGAUCUGGCGACUUCAUGAAGAAGCGCAAGUACUCGUCCAAGAAGGUGUGCUUCGAGUGCAACGCGUCUGGCCAUUACUCGUACGAUUGCCCGCGCAAUGUCCUGGGAUCGCGAGACAAGCCAAAAUUCAAGAAACCAUCCAAACGACGGACCAAAUUCGAGCACGGCGAAGCCGCCGAUUUCUUUGACAACCCUCUCGACGACGACAGCGAUAUUGGCAACGUCGGCGUCGCGGCUCUUGCCUAUUCCAAGCACGCUCCUCCCUGUCCCAUGACCCAUGCAACUAGCGACAGCGUCGUCUCGCGGCGCCAGAUCAAGAAGGAUUCGUACUUUAGCGACGAGGACGAGUCCCCGUAGUCGGGUGGACGCAUCGAACACUCGUAUUUAAAGUCGUCGGCCCACUUCAGGCGCUGCAUGAGGAUCGUCCAUGUCGAGUCCAUGCAACUUCCACCGCGCUCGCCGACGCGACGCCGCAGACAGUGCAUGCCAACGUUGGCUGCAUGGGUCCGGUGCAAGCCACGCAGAAACACAUCAUUCUCUA